CCCGUCUGUUCUGCAACUCUCUUGACCACUGAAGACCAGAACAUCGGUGCGAAUGCGAAUGCACUCCAAGACUCCUCUGAUGGUGUCGUGAUUGAAUCGGGGGGCAGGCGGGCUAGCCACAGAGUCGCGUCGAUAGACGAACCCGUUGCUGUACCUCUUACGCCCAACCAGCAUGCCACCCAGACAGGGAAGAUGAACUCUGUGGUUGGUAGCACCCCUGGCAGGACUGUAGGACUCCGAUCGAUGCUUCCACCGUCAGCCACGAUGCUCAUGCCUGGCUCAUUUGUGGUUGUGCAUCCCUCUGCUGGAACCGCCGCCAGUGCUUCAUCCCCCAUGGCAACUGCGUCAGUGACGUCGAUGGCAAGUGCCUCGCCUGCUAGCGCAUCCGUUGGCCAGACGGUCUUAUCGUUAGCCGAGCUAACGACACCUCAUUCGAUUGUGUGGCCGCAGGGUUUGCUCAAAGCCGAUGCUAGUUCGUCCGAGACCUCUAUGCGAUGGACCAAAGUGAGACCUUAA